ACAGGAAAUCAUACAUGUUUUCUGGACAGUGAAAUUCGAAUGGUACUUGUUGGAAAGACUGGAGUAGGUAAAAGUGCCACAGGGAAAACAAUAGCUGGAGCUGGAAAGAUGGAACAGAUAUUCAAAGCAAUGGCAAUGGCGGUGUCUGUUACAAAAACAUGUCAACAACAUUCCUUCAAACGCUUUGGGUACGACUUGCGACUUGUUGAUGUCCCAUGUUUUUAUGACAAAAGGGGUUCACAUGAAGACAUUAGGCAUGAGAUCAUAAAAUGUGUGAGGAUGUCUUCUCCUGGAGUACACGCCAUUCUUUUCAUCGUUAGACUUGGCAGGAUGACUGAUGAAGACAAAAUUACACUGGAAUAUUUCCUGCAAUGCAUUGGAGAAGAAUCUAAAAGAUUUGUCAUUGUUGUAUUUACUGGAAAAGAUGACUUGGAAGAGGCAGGUGACACCAUUGACAACUAUCUUGGAGUUCUUCCAUCGAAACUGAAGCAGUUUCUGUUUGAUACAAGUCAUCGUUUUAUUGCUGUCAACAACAGAGGGACAGAUGAAGAAAAGGAAACCUUUACCAAAGAUCUGAUAGACAUGGUAAAGAAUAUGGUUGUUGAAAACGGUGGCGAGUGCUACCGAAAUGAGAUGUAUGAGAGAUGUGAAGCUGAUCUUCGAGAAGCUGAGAAGGAAAAAAUCUACGAGAGGAGGCAGAAGGAAUUCGAAGAGAAACUUAAAAAAGAAGUUGCUGCCUUGGAAAAACAGCUACUGAGUCAGCGUCUAAAAAUGCAAGAAAUGGAGAAACAACUUGAAAGGGAAAGAGAUGAAGAAGAUCGGUUGAAUGAACAUCUGAAAGCCUUACAACUGGUACUAGAGAAAGAAGAUAGAAAGAAACGUCAGCGAGAAGACAAGAAAUGACGGGCAGAACAGGUCAUUGGUUGGCACUAGCCAAAGAAUUACGUAACUUCACGUUGGGAAUGGCAGCAGCAACCUAAAAGCUGCAUUAGAUAGAAUGUAGAAUUUAGUAUCACUCAUUUUCAGUGACUUAUCCACCUAGGAAUGACCAUAUUUUUAAGCCCGAUGGAAUGUAUUUGUACAUAUACUCCUGACUGACUAUGCUCUGGCUUUUACCUUUUCAAUUUUAACGGAAAAUCUGUUUGUAUGUCUUAUUUAUAUUCCGCUCCAUCCUUCUUUAGUCUUCCAUUUCAUAUUAUUCUGGGUACGAGCGAUUCUUCGGUAGGCUUCAAACUGCGCCCAACAAAAGUUGUUCAGUGAAGAAUAUGACUU